UUUAAAAUUACGUGUAACCAGCUAACCAUUCCUUCAAUUUCCUGAUCAUCUCUAAAUUCUCUAUCCCUAUAUACAAUGUCUUUGCUUUCACCUGCUUUUCCCUAUUAUACAACUCUUCAUCUUAUUAAUCCUCAACAUUCUACAACUUUCCCUUUCCACAAAAACCUUAAACUCUCCAUAUGUGCAUCUGCAGUUCCUAUUCACCGGAACUCCGCUAAUUUUCCGGUAUCCGGUGAAGUUAUUCGUCAAAUUGCUGCUUCAACUGUCGUUUUUCUUAGUUUGGGUUCGACCCUUUUUGCCUUUCAGGCUGUUGCUUCGACCCGUUUUCCUACUCGGGUCGACCCGUGUGUAACUCGGGUGCAGGACCAAGAAUCUAACGGCACUGGAGUUGGAAAAUCAGAAAAUGGGGAGGAUAUUGAUGCUGAAGAACUUCAAGCAGCAUUUGAGAAAUGGAAGUCUAAGACAUAUGCUUUGACAGUACCUCUAAGAGUUGUUUCUCUUAGUAACUCUUUUCCUCCUGUAUGGCUCAAGGAUUUCUUGCGAUCUCAAGGGAAGAGAGUGAAAUUACGUUCUGAGUUUCGUCGAAGCCUACAAGACAUCUUUCAUGAACUUUGUACACCUUUAGAGAAAGGAAAAGUUAAUCCUAAAUCUGCUUUGGCAGCUGAUGUUGUCACUCUUGGUGAAACGUGGCUCAGUUAUGCCAUUGAGAAGAGGUUAAUUGAGCCGAUGGACGGCGUAGAAGAUCAAGAUUGGUUUCAGAAUUUAAGUGAGAAAUGGAAGGUAUAUUUGCGCAGGAGUGAUGAAGGGAAAUUGGAUUCUAGUGGUAGGAUAUGGGCAGCUCCAUAUAGAUGGGGAAGCAUAGUGAUAGCUUACAAGAAAAGUGAAUUUCAAAAGCGUAAAAUGGCUCCGAUAGAGGACUGGGCCGAUCUAUGGCGACCUGAGCUUGCUGGAAAAAUUUCAAUGGUUGAUUCUCCACGAGAGAUUGUCGGUGCAGUGUUAAAGUACAUGGGGGCAUCAUACAACACAAUGGACAUGUCUGAAGUCGCUGGUGGGAGAGAGGCUGUGCAGCAGAAUCUUGCAUCACUUGUUAAACAGGUCCGGCUAUUUGAUAGUCGCCACUAUCUUAAAGCCUUUGGAAUCGGAGUUGGAGAUGUAUGGGUAGUUGUUGGAUGGAGCAAUGAUGUUAUUCCUGCUGCGAAGCGGAUGUCAAAUAUUGCCGUCAUUGUUCCCAAAUCUGGUGCAAGUCUGUGGGCUGAUUGCUGGGCAAUACCUGCUGCUUCAAGAAUUUCAACUGAUCAAAUUGGAGGAAGAGUUAGAGGGCCAUCACCAGUAGUUCAUCAGUGGAUAGAAUUCUGCUUGCAAGAUGAAAGGUUCAAAGACGACGUUGUCCCAGGUGCUUCACCUAACGCCCUUGAACGGGCCCCGGUUAAAGUCUCCGAAGAGCUUACAAAGGGUAGACCAAAACUUGAGACAAACCUCAUUGCUGGAGUCCCUCCAGCUGAUAUCUUGGCUAAAUGUGAACUGAUAGAGCCAUUGCCAGAAAAGGCAUUGUCCGAAUAUCAGUGGCUAAUAAAUAGUGUACAGAAGCCGGAGCGUUCUCUGGUGGAAAGCCUAAGGGGUCGUAUUUCGUCAUUAGUUCAAAGCGUUCUUCCGAAAGUGCAGUCAAAAGUUGCCUGAAAGCUAUUCCAUCUUUUUUAAACUUUUGCCUGAAAGCUAUUCCAUCUUUUGUAAACUUUCUGCUGUUGUGUUUAAACAACUUAGUCGAACAUUUGUAAUGGCGCAUAAAGUUCCUUUAUGUGUGCUUUGUUUUCCAAUAUUUCAUGUAUUUGCAAUUACAUAACAAACUUGACUAGUUUAUCUACUUAGAUUCAAAUAGGGAAAGAUCUUUAUGAUAAACACAUUAAUGGUUUUUGAAUCACUAAUAGAAUUUCUUUUGGCUUGCCUGAUCGGUGCCUCUUCUCAUCGUAUCUCUUCCUAUCUCUAAAUUCGAGUACGACGGGUAAGGGGAAGGGGAGAAAAGCGGGGACAGUAAAAGUGUAAUUUACACUCUUUCUUUUGUCUUCUCUAUUGGUAACACUAGAUUAAAAGUCUUCUAGUUACUGGAUUAUCAAUCCAUUCUUGUUUAUUUGAAUAUUCAAUGGCAGUGAUGGUGGCUUAAAACUCCCCCAAUAUAAAGGUCAUUCAUAAAUAUGUUAAUCAACACAUUCUCAAUGUUUAGAAAACUUUCGCAUAUGAUCCCAAGUUGAUAAUGCCCAAUGAUACUUUAAUAUCUCCACUUCACCAACAUUCAUUCAAAAUAUCAGAUAAAACAACAUCCACAGAAACCAUGACUUUCAGACAACCCAUAUAUCAAUUAUUGUGGUUAAUUACAAUAUACACAAUGAGAUCAACCUCCGAAAAGGUUGAACGCAAAUCAAUUCAAUCAUUUCAUAUACAAAUACGUAAGCAAAAGACUACAAAAAAAAAAAGGCAAAAAGGAAGAUACAACAAGAAAAGAGGGAUUUGGUUGCCCAUACCACCCGUACAAAUCCCAAUACACCCAUGAAGAAACGAAAAAGCUCGAUGCAGAGGGAGCAAAAAUGAUGAAAUUAAAAUUUAAAAAAAAAAAAAAAAAAAA